AUGUUAUCUUAUGAGAACGCUCUUUUCACUGUUUAAGUUACAAGAAAACAUUUCUUCAAGGAUAAAAACUAUUCUCUGUAUUUGUUCAAUGAUGAACUUGUUAUGACAGAUGACAUCACUAAAUAACCUAAGUACAAUCUCAAGAUGAAUCUCACUACUACAAUAAAGUGGAUUCUGGAAGUAAAACGCAUCGUGGGCUUCGAAUUUUCAUAUAAUAAUGGUUACAAGAUAGUCUAUGGAUAAAAACUCAAUUUACUAAAAGAAAUGAUAGCAGGGAAAAUAUUUUAUCAGCCGAUCCUUUCGUUUUAUCAAUUUUAGAUGGAGAUGGGAAGUGGUAUGACAGGAUCUGUAUACAGAUGUGUAGCUGCUGACAAUGCUAAUUUAUACUAUGCCAUAAAAAAGAUUGAUAAAUUGAAGAUUGCUCAACAUGAGGGUGGAAUUCCAUAGUUAGUGCACGAACUCUCUCUCUUAUCUUCUCUAUCCCACCCAAACAUAGUCAAACUAAAAGAAACCUAUGCAGACAAUCAAUAUUAUUACAUAAUCAUGGAAUACAUCAAUGGCAGAACCCUAUAUUCAGAACUAUCCAGUCGGCAGUAUGGACUUUCGAUACUGUUUGAAAUUAACUCAUAGGAAUUGUUGGAAGCAGUUUCAUAUAUCCACGAUAAGGGAGUGAUGCAUAGAGACAUCAAUCCACUCAAUAUCAUGAAAGCUGACACAGUAAAGUUGAUAGAUUUUGGACUGGCGAGGAAAAUAAAAAACCAAUUGAAUUUUCCUACCUCAGGCACUCCUGGCUAUAUGGCUCCGGAAAUCAUUAAUUAUAAUAAGGAUAAGCAAUACGAUGAGAAGGCUGACAUCUAUAGUCUCGGAUGUCUACUCUACAAAUUGUAACAACAAAAUAUAAAUAUUAGAUUAACUGGUGAAAAUCUAUUCAAUACUAAAUCAGCUAAACAAACUAUUUAUCAUGCCAACAAAGAUGGAUAUUUCGAAUUAAAGAAACAACCUUAGCAUCCUGAAGUGAAUUCUGUAAAAAUGGAGCAGCUCUUUAUCUUGUUGCCCUACAUGCUUGAAACAGAUCCAUCAAAUCGAUUAUCAGCUAAGAUUUGUCUCGCAAUCAUCGAAGAGAUUGACAACAAUAAUCAAAAUGUAGAUAGACUAAUCAAAAAGAUUCUCAUUAGAAAAUCACUCAACACAACAACAAUCGAAGAACAAAGAAGUUGUGAACGAACAUCUAAAGGAAAGAUUGCCAAAUAAUCUAUCGAUGGAAUCUCUAAAAAAAGCUUGGAUGAACUCUCAAUCUUUACAAAAAAAGUUAUGGUUUAAAAUCAAUCAAAAGUCAUUCUCCCUCAUAAAAAGUAAGCUUGA